AUGGACGUUCACGUUCUUGUCUACGAUCUGUCGGGCGGUCUUGCCAAGCAGAUGUCCAUGCGCAUGCUGGGAUUCCAACUCGACGCCAUCUACCACACUUCCAUAGAGCUUGAUGGAAUGGAAUAUGUCUAUGAUGGCGGCCUCAAUGCCAUCAAACCCGGCAGCUCUCAUCUGGGCCGACCUCUACAGCGGAGACACCUUGGUCGAACAGAGUUGCCCCUCGGAGUCAUCGUAGAGUACCUGGAAUCGCUAAGAGAGAUCUAUACGCCUCAAGCAUACGACCUAUUCCGACACAACUGCAAUAACUUCAGUAAUGAUUUCUCGACGUUUCUUGUUGGGAAAGGCAUACCGGAGCACAUUACGAACAUGCCUCAAGCAGUACUCGACUCACCAUUUGGCAGAAUGAUGCAGCCUCAGUUGACGCGGAUGGUUGAGCAGAGGAAGGCUCAGCAGGGCGGCCUACUUGGCAUCCAGAACACCGCUCAGCAGCAGUCCAACGGGUCCGGCGCACCUGCACUUCCUCAGCCUCCAGCGGUAGUCAACGUUACCAGCCUUGGGGAACUGAACAAGGCACUCGAAGAUGCUAAGAAGUCGUGCGCCAUAAUAUUUUUCACCUCCACAACUUGCCCGCCAUGCAAGAUGCUUUACCCCUUAUACAACGAAUUGGCCGCGCAGCAUGGGAAGAACGUAACUCUCAUCAAGGUGGAUACAUUACAUGCAUACGACAUUGCCCAGAAGUACUCAAUCAGGGGUACACCUACGUUCAUGACCUUCGUCAAGGGCAAGCAGGAAGAACAAUGGGUUGGCGCCGAUGCGGGUUGCUUGAGGGACACCGUCGGGCUGCUGGCGCAGAUGGCACUUCCCUCCCACCCUCAUCGACUGCUUCAGCUGCCACACCUUGCGAAUCCAGACGCGAAGCCCGUGGUAUUCACCAAGGUUCCUCCGCUUCCGAAGCUGCUGUCAAAAAUGGGCAAUGCUGCGAACGACGCGUCGGUUCAAGGGGUCAAGCAAUUCAUCGAAACAAGAUCUGCUCAAGGACCAUCCGGAGCAACACUGCCCAACCUACAAGCGUUUUCCAACUUCCUGCGCAAGUCUGUGACAGAACUCCCCAAGGAAGUCCUGUUCACCAUCGUGGACCUCUUCCGAUGUGCUCUGAUUGACCCACGUGUGAGUGGUUACUUUGCCGAGGAAGCCGACCACAAGACUGUCAUCGCGGUAUUGAAUGCUGUGGACGGAGACGCCGAGUGCCCCUACGCUCUCAGGCUGGUAACAUUACAGAUGGCUUGCAACUUGUUCUCAAGCCCACUCUACCCGAGUCAGAUCCUUGGCCAGGCUUUGUUGCGAACUCCCAUCACGCAGCUCAUCUCGGCAAGUUUCCUGGAUGAAAGCCACAAAAACACUCGGGUGGCGGCAGCUUCGUUGUUAUAUAACGUUGCUUGCGCCAACAGUCACAGGAGGGAAGAGUCGGGCGAUGUCCUGCCGGAAGAGGACCAGAUAGAACUCGCAGCAUCAGUGCUAGAGACUAUAUCGCAAGAGGAGUCGUCCAAUGAGGCUCUUCAUGGGAUGCUGUUGGCGUUGGGAUUCCUGGCAUAUUGCAUGCCUAUGGAAGGAGACUUGGUAGACCUCUUGAGGACAAUGGGCGCUCAAGGGACCAUCUUAGCCAAGAAGAAGCAGUUCCCGAACGAACCACUGAUCAACGAGGUCGGGAAUGAGUUGCUGGGAAAGGGACUUGUGAAGAAGUAG